AUGGAUAAAAAUUGGUUCAAUAUUAGGAAUAGAGUUGACCAAAGGUAUAGAGAUGGAGUAGAAAGCUUUCUUAAUUGGGCAUUCAGUCAACCCGGGGUGAGUGCUAUUAUUCGAUGUCCUUGUAAAGGGUGUAUGAACACCGUGUUCAAGCUAAGGAUUAAUGUAAGAGGAGACUUGUUGAACAAGGGUUUCUGGGAUUCUUAUAAAGUGUGGGACUUGCAUGGAGAAGUGUUAGUUAGAGUUGAUGAUGAAGUCGAAGAUGAUAGCAUUGAAGAGGAUAAUAUUACUGAAAUGAUUCACGAUGCUUGCGGAUAUAUGAAUGUGGAGGAUAAUACUAAUUCUUCUGAGGGCAAUGAAGAGCCAAAUAUGCAUGCAACAAAGUUCUACAAAUUGUUAGAAAAUGCUCAGACAGAACUUUAUCCUGGUUGCACAAAAGUCUCAAAGUUGUCUUUUGUUGUUAAAUUACUUCACUUGAAGUGUCUUAACCAUUGGAGCAACAAAUCAAUGGAUGAGUUGUUGAGCUUCUUUAAAGAAGUUCUUCCUGAGGGGUCAUUUGUACCCAAAUCUUUUUAUGAAGCGAAGAAAGUUCUUCGUGACCUAGGCUUGGGGUACACCAAAAUAGAUGCAUGUCAGAAUGAUUGUGUUUUAUAUUGGCACGAUUAUGUCAAUGCCCAAUCAUGUCCAAAGUGUGGUAAGUCUAGAUGGAAGUCAGAAGGACACAAAGGCAAGAAAGUAGCUCAUAAAGUAUUGCGACAUUUUCCAAUCAAACCAAGGCUUCAGCGAUUAUACAUGGCAAAAGAGACGGCAAAGAAGAUGAGGUGGCACAAGGAAGAAAAUAUUGAUAAUGGUGUCUUGCGGCAUCCAUCCGACUCAAUAGAAUGGAAAUAUUUCAAUGAGCGUCAUCCUACUUUUUCAACUGAGUUAAGAAAUGUUAGAUUAGGUUUAGCAAGUGAUGGGUUCCAACCUUAUGGGAAUAUGAGUUCCAAUCAUAGUAUUUGGCCUGUCGUACUAGUUACGUAUAAUUUGCCACCAUGGGAUUGCAUGAAAAAUCCAUAUUUCAUGAUGACACUUCUUAUUCCAGGCCCUAAGUGUCCAGGCAAUGAUAUUGAUGUAUACUUACAACCAAUGAUUGAAGAGUUGAAAGAACUAUGGGACGGGGUGGAGACUAAUGAUGCACACUCAAAAUCUAAUUUUCUUAUGCGUGUGGCUCUCCUGUGGACGAUUAAUGACUUUCCUGCAUAUGGGAACCUUUCAGGAUGGUCAACCAAAGGCAAGCUUGCAUGCCCUUGUUGCCAUAAAGACACACAAUCAGUUUCCUUACGUAAUAAGUUAUGUUAUAUGGGUCAUCGUCGCUUCCUUCCCAUAAACCAUCCAUGGCGUAGAAACAGGGUGUUAUUUGAUGGGAAAGUGGAAAUGGGGGCUGCACCUAGCCCUUUAACAGGUGAUGAAGCACUUAUGCAAUUACAAGAUUUGGGCAAUGUGACUUAUGGUAAAGUGCAAAAGCGAAAGCGUAAUGUUUCUAACAAUGCUUACAAUUGGAGGAAGAAGAGUAUCUUUUUUCAAUUGCCUUAUUGGAAGAAUCUUAUGUUGCGACAUAACCUUGAUGUGAUGCAUAUAGAAAGAAAUGUGUCCGAUAAUAUUUUAUCAACUGUGAUGAAUAUGGUUGGAAAGACAAAGGACACGUUGAAAAGUAGAUAUGAUUUGGUGGACCUUGGAAUCAGGCAAGGAUUGCAUCCAAUUGAGGAUGGGGACAAUAUUUUGUUACCGGCAGCAUGCUAUGCAUUGUCCCUACAAGAGAAGUUGAAGGUAUGUGAUUUCUUAGCUAAUUUGAAGGUUCCAGAUGCCUUUUCAUCAAACAUUUCAAGGUGUGUUAACAUACUUGAGAAAAAGAUACAUGGAUUGAAGUGUCAUGAUCAUCAUGUAUUAUUACAAGACAUUUUUCCAGUAGCUAUACGUGGUUUGUUGCCUAAGGAAGUCUGUGAACCAAUUAUAGCCUUAGCCAAAAUUUUCAAGAAUCUAUACUCUAAGUGCUUGACAAUUGAAGAUCUUGAUAUCCUAGAGGCUGAAAUUCCUAUCAUAUUGUGCAAACUUCAAAUGGUUUUUCUUCCGGCGUUCUUUGAUGUCAUGAUUCAUUUGACAAUUCACUUGGCAAGAGAGGCAAAACUUGGUGGACCAGUUCAAUAUCGGGAUAUGUACCCUAUUGAGAGGUAUUUGCGAACACUUAAGUCAUAUGUACGCAACCUAGGUCGUCCAGAAGGUUCAAUUGCAGAAGGUUAUUUGGCAGAGGAAAGCCUCACGUUUUGCUCACGAUAUUUAAAGAAUAUCUCAACCAAGUUCAAUAAACCAACUAGAAAUGACGAUGGAUCUAGGUCAAAGGGUGAGAUGUCCAUCUUUAAAAACAGUGGGCAACCAAAAGGUGCUGCUACAGAUAGCAAGAAGCUACCUCAUGAUGAGUUCAACCAAGCAUGCAUGUAUGUGCUUCAAAAUUGUGAAGAGGUGUCGCAAUUCUUGGAGGAAUACACGAGAGAGAUUGAAAGUCAAGGAUCAAUGAGAGCUCAUAGGAUGCAUAACAAUGAGUUUCUUGAUUGGUUUCGUGCACGUGUAGGUGUUUACUUAAAUGACACUUUUACUAUUAGUAUAUUUGUGUUAUCUACACAAGGAUGCGCAAAUGAUGAUCUCAUAAGCUUAGUUGUCAGUCCUGACCCAUUGGUUCAUCGAUAUUCAACAUUUAUGGUGAAUGGAUUUAGAUUUCAAACAAAAGAGCUUGUGAGAAAAACACAAAACAGUGGAGUUCUUGUUAGAGGAGAUGAUUCAGACCCUAAUAAGGAGUAUUAUGGUGUAUUAGAGGACAUUUAUGAGUUGUCUUAUGUGGGGAACAGGAAAGUUUACCUAUUCAAGUGUCAUUGGUGGGAUGUGGCUCGCCUAGGAAGAGGAUAUAAAAUUGACAAAUAUGGUUUUACAAGUGUGAAUACUCAUUGUGCCUUGAAUACAAAUGAGCCAUUUGUGUUGGCGUCUCAGUCCGAGCAAGUCUUUUACUUGAAUGACAUGGUCAAUAAAGAUUGGCCUGUUGUUGUAAAGACAAAUCCUCGCGACCUUUUCAAUAUUCCUGAAGUUGAAGAUGAAGCAUUACUUAACGAAGAAGUUUAUCAACAAGAGGAAUUUGAAUGUAAUAUUUUGCGUACCAAUGACCAACAAACUGAGAUUGAGGUAUCUUUACAUAGGGAUGAUAUUGAACCACAAACUGUUUUGCGUACCAAUGACCAAGGAAAUGAGGAAGAUGAUUUCAUUAAUGACAAUGAUAUAGAUGUAUCCGAGAAUGAAGAAGACGAAGAAGAGUUACUUGAUGAUAAUGAUGGAGAGGACAGUGAUACAUCCUCUUGA